AUGGAAAGAUUACAUUAUCUAUUUGAGACCUCAGUUGAAACAGCAGUUAAAAAGUCUCUAGAAAGUAAUAAGCCCUUGAUUGUUUAUAGCACUGAUGAUAAUGAUGAUCAAUGGUUAUUAAGUUGGCUAAAUGAAGAUUUACUUGAUCUCAUUGCUAAAGAUUCGAUUUUGUUAAAACUGUUCAAGGAUUCUGUACAGUUUGGUUAUUUCCAGCAAAUAGCUCCUAAUGUUACUGUGCCUAGUGUUUGUUGUAUAUUUGGUGGAAAUAUCACUGAAGUUUUACUCAAAGAUCAAGAUGGUUUGGGUGAAAGAUUAAGGAAAUGUAUAAAUACAAUUAAAGAUACACAAGCUGUGCAAAGCCCAAACACAGCAACUUCUGCCACAGUUGGUACUGAUGUAAACCAAUCUCCACCAGUAGAUACACGUAUAAACCGGUCUUUGCAACAAAGUACAUCAAUAACACCCGAUGGAAUUGUUGAACCUGAAAUAUUAAAUGAUUCCAUUAAACCAUCCAAUCAAUCUACUACAUCGUCCUCAGCGCCAAUUGCACAGUUGUCUAACGAAGAGAAAAAGUACAGACAAAAAGUUAUUAACGAACAGAAUAAAAUUAAAGAAGAAAAACUGAGAAUUAAACGUUUGUUAAAGCAAGAUAAAGAAGAACGUGAAUCUUAUGAACGUGAAAUGUUAAGAUCUAACAAUAUGAAUAAAAACGGAGAAGGUGAAAAUGCUCCAGUAGAAGUUAAAGAUAAGAUUAAAGGCUCAGCAGUUCAUAAAGAAAAGUGUGCCUUGCUUUUGAGAUUAACAAAUGGGAAUACUCUAACACAUGAAUUUAACUCGCAAGAAACAUUGAACGAUGUCAGAAAAUGGGUUGAUAUCAAUAGAACAGAUGGCGACGUUCCAUAUUCUUUUCAUAGGAACAUACCUAGGGUGACAUUUGGUGAUGCCGAUGAACUUAAAAGUUUGCAAGCUUUAGAGCUACCACCAAGGUCUGCUUUGAUUUUACAACCAUUCUCGAUAGAAGAAAAAAACAUAGCCCAUGUGCAAUCAAAAAAUCCAGGACUAUUAUACAAAGUAUAUAGGGGGGUUUCUUCUUGGUGGUCUAAAGAUUCAACUGAGAAAGACCUUUCUAAUGAUAAUCCUAAUGACAAUAUUUCUGCCAUUUCUAAUAACAGUAAUUUUAUAAACGAUGUUGUGGACAAUCACCAGCCAUAUGAUGUAACUCAUUCACCUGCUUCCUCCACAUAUCUUUCACCCAGACAAUCGUUUUAUUCAACAGUAAAUAAUGAAUCCCAAUUGUCUGUAACAAGUGGUUCAACACCAAAUGUUUACCAUUUUUUAACACAAAAUGAAAAUGUAAAUGAUGACGAAAGAAGCACUUAUAAUGGUAAUAACGUCAACUUAAAGGAUGAUAAAGCUAAGGAUUGA